AUGUCGUCCUUUAGCCCAACACAGAUUUUCGAGGAGGGCACGACGGAGGAGAAGGGCGAGAAUGCCCGUCUUUCAGCCUUCGUCGGCGCCAUCGCUGUUGGCGACCUUGUAAAGAGCACACUGGGACCCAAGGGCAUGGACAAGAUCCUGCAGUCAGCUUCCACCGGAGAGAUAAUGGUGACCAACGACGGUGCAACCAUUCUCAAAUCAAUCGCUCUCGAUAACGCCGCUGCAAAGGUGCUGGUUAACAUCUCAAAAGUCCAGGAUGACGAGGUCGGAGAUGGCACCACAUCAGUUUCUGUUCUCGCAGCCGAAUUGCUGCGUGAAGCAGAGAUUCUUGUCGGCAAAAAGAUCCAUCCUCAAACUAUCAUUGAGGGAUACCGGAUAGCAAGCAGAGCGGCUCUCGAAGCCCUUGAGCAGUCUGCAGUUGACCACAGCAAAAACCCCGAGGCUUUCAAAAAGGACCUGCUGGCCAUUGCAAGGACGACACUCAGUUCCAAGGUGCUUGCCCAAGACCGUGAUCAUUUCUCUCGGUUGGCAUGCGAAGCCGUUCUGCGCUUGAAGGACUCUGCCGACCUCAGUCACAUUCAGAUAAUUAAGAAGGCAGGCGGCAAGCUCAGCGAUUCUUUCCUUGAUGAGGGCUUUAUUUUGGACAAGAAGAUUGGUGUAAACCAGCCCAAGAGGUUAGAAAACGCCAAGAUCCUGGUCGCCAAUACGUCUAUGGACACGGACAAGGUCAAGAUUUUUGGCGCGCGCAUGAAGGUCGGUUCGACAAGCAAGCUUGCAGAGCUUGAAAAGGCAGAGAAGGACAAGAUGAAGGCCAAGGUCGACAAGAUCAAGGCGCACGGAAUUAACUGCUUCAUCAACAGGCAGCUCAUUUACAACUGGCCGGAGCAGCUGUUUACUGAUGCAGGCAUCAUGUCGAUAGAGCAUGCCGACUUCGAUGGCAUCGAGCGAUUGGCGCUGGUCACUGGUGGUGAAAUCACCUCAACGUUCGACCAUCCGGAUCAGGUCAAGCUGGGUCAUUGUGAUUUGAUCGAGGAGAUCAUCAUCGGCGAAGAUACUUUGAUCAAGUUUUCGGGCGUUGCGGCUGGCGAGGCUUGCACAAUUGUCCUUCGUGGUGCUACAGAGCAGCUGUUGGAUGAAGCCGAGCGCAGCUUGCACGAUGCCUUGGCCGUCUUGUCACAAACAGUGAAGGAGCCUCGCACUACUCUUGGCGGCGGUUGCGCCGAGAUGGUAAUGGCCAAAGCGGUAGAAGGUGCGGCAACACGCGUCGAGGGCAAGAGACAGAUGGCAGUCGCAUCUUUUGCCACGGCACUGCGCCAGCUUCCCACUAUCCUGGCCGACAACGCUGGUCUUGACUCGGGCGAGCUUGUUGCCCGGCUGCGCAAGGCUAUUUAUGACGGCAUGACAACUUACGGACUGGACUUGAUGACACCCGGUGGUGGCAUCGCAGACAUGCGAGACAUCGGCGUCAUCGAGAGCUACAAGCUGAAGAAGGCCGUGGUGUCAUCUGCCAGCGAGGCAGCUGAGCUUCUGUUGAGAGUGGACGAUAUCAUCAGGGCAGCUCCUAGGAGGCGAGAGAGGCAGUAG